ACGAAGCAGUGAUUUUAAUACCCUAAGAAGACGCAAGCAUGGCAAGCUGCCACUUUGUUCGAUGUACAGUCUUCAAAACGUGUGCCACUUUGCAUUUUUUCUCGCACACUCGAAGCUGCGCAAGGGAGACGUUAUAACGCAGUAGGACGAUCCUGGCAGCUGUCCAGCAUCUCAUGAAAAUUAUGUUUUCGCUCGUAUAUUCCUUGACGUCAUUGUCGGAAAUGAUCGACUCAUCGAAUCAACCAUGCGAUGUCCGCAUCGAUUGUCGACCUAACUUCUCGACUCCGAUAGUUCCUUAAACAACCACCGGCUGUGGCGCUGAAAUCGCAAUGAUCGUCGCCCACCGCCGCGGAGCGAAAAAAUACGUCGUCGUCGCCGUGGAAUCCCUGUGGAGUCGGCGCCUCGAUUAUCAUUUUCGUUUUGAUGAUUUAAAUCGUUUCCAGCCAGUGGGUGUGCGAAGACAGGCCGUUAAUCAUGGGGGUCCUUCUGAGAGCCAAAGGACUUCGUAUGUCUGCACAAAAGCAGGAGACACUUCUGAAAUUGACUGUCUUAUCUUUCGCAGCAAUUUUGUCUUUUGCUACGCGUUUAUUUUCUGUGUUGAGAUUUGAGAGCGUCAUCCAUGAAUUUGAUCCUUACUUCAACUACAGGACCACAAAAUUUUUGGCAGAGGAAGGCUUUUAUAAUUUUUUGAAUUGGUUUGAUGACAGAGUAUGGUAUCCAUUAGGCAGAAUCAUUGGAGGAACAAUCUACCCUGGGUUGAUGGUUACCUCAGCUGCAUUCUAUCAUUUAGCACAACUGUUGAACAUCAGUAUAGACAUUAGGAAUGUCUGUGUCUUCCUUGCACCCCUGUUUUCUAGCUUUACAACUAUUAUAACAUAUUUGCUUACAAAGGAAUUGAAAGAUUCAGCAUCUGGACUGUUUGCGGCAUCAAUGAUUGCCAUUGUGCCUGGAUACAUCUCUAGAUCUGUUGCAGGAUCAUACGAUAAUGAAGGCAUAGCCAUUUUCUGCAUGCUCUUUACUUACUACAUGUGGAUUAAAGCUGUUAAAACUGGAACUAUUUUCUGGUCAACGUGUACAGUCCUUUCCUACUUUUACAUGGUCUCUUCAUGGGGAGGCUACGUUUUCCUAAUCAACCUCAUACCUCUGCAUGUUUUGACAUUGAUGGUCACCGGCAGAUUUUCUCAUAGGAUCUACGUUGCCUACAGCAUCUUGUAUUGUUUAGGAACGAUAUUCUCAAUGCAGAUACCAUUUGUAGGAUUCCAGCCUGUCCAAAGUUCUGAACACAUGCUUGCAAUAGUAGUUUUUGGACUGUGUCAAAUUCACGCUUUAGUCGACUACCUCCGCAGUAAAUUGUCGCAACAAGACUUUGAAGUGCUCUUCCAAGGACUGAUCAUUUCAACACUCAUCGUAUCAUUCGUAACAGGAACUAUUUUAACGUUGACUGGAAAGAUUUCGCCAUGGACAGGAAGAUUCUACUCUCUGUUGGAUCCGUCAUAUGCAAAAAAUCAUAUCCCGAUCAUCGCGUCCGUUUCAGAGCAUCAACCGACUUCUUGGAGCUCUUUCUACUUUGAUCUGCAAAUUUUAGUUUUCCUGUUCCCAGCAGGUCUAUACUUCUGCUUCUCGAAACUCACAGACUCAAACAUCUUUUUGAUCUUGUAUGGUGCUACUAGUCUUUACUUUGCUGGAGUCAUGGUGCGACUAAUGUUGGUGCUAGCGCCUGUGAUGUGCAUCUUAGGUGGAAUUGGUGCUUCUUCUUUGCUCUUGAAAUACAUGAAAGAAAUUGAUAGUGGAAAGGUUACUGACAAAAAGUCAAAAAAGUUCGAGAGCAACUACGUUUUGAGAAGCGAGAUCGCAACAUUGUUCAUCGCUGUGAUGGGCGUAUUAUUCAUUUCGUACACUUUCCAUUGUACGUGGGUUACGGUAGAAGCUUACAGCUCACCAAGCAUUGUCUUAUCUGCCCGUUCUCCGGAUGGCGGUAGAAUGAUAUUCGACGAUUUCAGGGAGGCUUACUAUUGGUUACGAAUGAAUACACCAGAGGAUGCUAAAGUUAUGUCUUGGUGGGAUUACGGUUAUCAAAUAACGGCAAUGGCCAAUCGGACAAUUUUAGUCGACAAUAAUACGUGGAACAACACGCACAUAUCGAGAGUCGGUCAAGCUAUGGCAAGCACGGAAGAGAAAUCUUAUGAGAUCAUGAGGGAGCUUGACGUUAACUACGUUCUCGUUAUCUUUGGAGGAUUAACUGGUUACUCAUCGGACGAUCUUAAUAAGUUCCUGUGGAUGGUGAGAAUCGCCGGAAGUACGGAAAAGGGAAAGUCGAUAUCUGAAUGGGAUUAUUACAAUCCCGCUGGAGAAUUCCGAGUCGACAAAGAGGGAACUCCCACGUUACUUAAUUGUCUGAUGUACAAAAUGUGCUACUAUAGAUUCGGCCAAGUUUACACUGAAGGAGGCAAGCCGUCCGGUUACGAUCGAGUGAGAAACAUGGAAAUCGGCAACAAGGACUUUGAACUUACAACUCUCGAGGAGGCCUACACGACUGAGCACUGGCUUGUUCGCAUCUACAAAGUGAAAGACUUGAGAAACCGAGGAAACUGACAAGAUACGAAGAGUUCCUUGUAUUAGUAAGAUAAAGCGUGUUUGGACUACCAGUGACAAAAACAAACUUAAAGUUUCUAUUGUAUUUUUUUUAUAAAUACGAAAGUGAUUUCUCCUUCUUCCGCUGUCCAUCGCACCGUAACGCAUGACAAGUGUGCUGUAAGUUAUGAAAUAAGAUUUUUUUAACGAUUAUAAAUAUAACUUUUUCAACAGUUUUUUGAAAA